UGCAAGGGAUUUCAAAAUCCAGUUGCCAUCCUGAAGAAAGCCCAUGAACACAUUUUAGAUGGAAGGCAGUUGGACAUAGUUGACCCUUCAACAGAACUAAAAGGAAAGACCAACUUUAUAAUAAUAGAUAGGGACCAUGUUUUUCAAGACGCAUUAGCUGAAGUAGCAUUAAUUGACAACUUAAGGCUGCCACUUGAGGUAAAUUUUAUGGGAGAGGGAGCUCAGGACUUGGGGGGACCUAGAAAAGAGUUUUUCAGGUUAGUUCUCAAAGGAAUCAAAGAAAAAUUGCUUGACAGUGAACUCAUCGAGGACUUUGCAGAACGUUACUAUACAUCCGGUAUAAUAAUGGGAUUAAGUGUUCCACAGAAUGGGAAAAUUCCCAGCUUUCUGUCUCAGGAACAACUUCAAGAACUUAUUGAUGAUUCAUCUGAGCAUUCCCCCUGCAUUGUCAACCUACGAAAUGGUUUACGUAAAGUUGGAGUCCUGCAACUGAUGACUGGAUCCACCACCCUAACCCUUAAUCACAUUUUGCAAUUUGUUUGUGGCGCAGAUGAGGAGCCAGCAUUGGGGUUUUCCAUUUCCCCGCAGAUCAGAUUUGUAUCCAGCAGUGGGAGCUUCCUCCCUACUUCAAACACUUGCACUAAUACAUUGCAUCUCCCAUCUCCAAGCAGCACAGUCAGUCUUCCUUCAGAUGACAUACUUUUUAAUCUGUAUGACUAUGCUUUUGGUAGCCCAUACUUUGGAAUUAUUUAACAGAUUCCAAUAAUGUUAUUGUAGAGUUAAGCAUUAUUUUUUCUGCUACCAAAAGGCUCUUUUCAGAAAUGAGGAUUACAAGUUUGAAUUGAAACUUAUGCUUUGUCAAGAGUUAAUUUAUAGAAAGGUGACAGUUUGUUUUGAAGGUUUUUACAUUACAACAGCUUGAACCUUGAAGUCAAGUUUGACUGAAAGAAAUCUGUCCCUUGAACAUGAUGUUGUUAAUCACAAAUGUUUCAGUAGCCAUGUUAAACAAUGAUAAUGUUAUUAUUCAUGACAACAUCAGGUCAUGUUGAGUUUGAACAGUUUUCAGUUAACUGACAGAAAAUGGUUUUCAAUCUAGGAUAUUCUUGCUCAUUCUUGGGUUUCCAUUUUAACAACUUAGCUUUUGCAACUGGUUGGGUUUAGUAAUGGUGCUUUGCAUCAGUUUUGUAAGUAUUCAAGUGAGAUCUCUAAAUAGUGUUUGCUCCAGCCUUAUUGAAACAUGUACCUCAAUACUUUAGUGACAGCUAUGGGAAGAGGUAACAAAAGUUUACUUUCAUACCCGGUAUUUGUUACUUAACUUUGUCAUUACUUUCCUUUAAUAAAAUGUCUAUGUUAUCAA